AGAGGGGCGCUUGUUGUCCAUUACCAGUUGACCCGGAAGAGAAGCAGUGUGGGGUUAGUCAGGUUACUCGGGGUUACUUGGCUCCAUGGCGUGGAGUGGCUGUGUAUUGAGGUCCUUGGCAAGACAGGAGCUCUUGUCUUCAGCCUCCAGGACCAGGUUGAAGCAUGGCUUCCAGCAGCGCAGCGCCUUCAGGAGACCAGCAAAGAAGACGGAUGCAAAGAGAGUGGAGGAGGAGGUGGUCCCCUCUCACACAGAAGCCAGCGAGGCAUGGACCACCAAAAGGGCGGUGGACCCCCCGCAAAUCAUCAAGAUCCCCAAGACCCCACCCAGGAACUUUGGUAGACUGGUCAAACCUCUGGUCUUCACAGUAGGGUUUACAGGCUGCUCGUUUGCGGCCGCGGCCAUCUGGCAGUAUGAGUCACUGAAGUCCCGUGUCCAGAGCUACUUCGACGAGCUGCGAGCUGAUUGGAUGGAGAAACUCCGCCCACAGAAACAGGGCGACUUCCGUAAAGAGAUCAACCAAUGGUGGAACAGUUUGAGUGAGGGCCAACGCACUGUCACAGGGAUCAUCGCUGCGAACGUGGUGGUCUACUGCUGCUGGAGAGUACCGGCCUUGCAGCGCACCAUGCUGCGAUACUUCACCUCUGACCCCAGCGCCUCCAAGGCAGUGUGUUCCUCCAUGCUCCUCUCCACCUUCAGCCACUACUCCCUGCUCCACCUGGCGGCCAACAUGUACGUUCUCUGGAGCUUCUCGUCCAGCGCCGUCUCCAUGCUGGGACCAGAGCAGUUCCUCGCUGUCUACCUCUCUGCAGGUGUCGUCUCUACGAUGGCCAGCUACGUCGCCAAGACGGCCUCGGGCAGGUUUGGCCCUUCUCUUGGAGCCUCCGGAGCAAUCAUGACUGUCCUGGCUGCUGUCUGUACCAAGAUGCCUGAAGCCAAGCUGGCCAUCAUCUUCCUCCCCAUGUUCACCUUCACUGCAGGAAACGCGCUGAAGGCCAUCGUUGCCAUGGAUGCAGCAGGUGUGGUGCUCGGCUGGCGGUUCUUUGACCACGCUGCCCACCUGGGGGGAGCUCUGUUCGGCAUCUGGUACAUCAUGUUUGGCCACGAGCUGAUCUGGAAGAACCGGGACUCGCUGGUCCGGGUCUGGCACAACCUGCGCACCAGGGGCCCCGGGGGGCCAGGGGGACCAGGGGGCGGGGCUAACGGAGGAGCAGGCUCCGCCUGAGGCCAGACUUCACCACCAUGACGUCACCACGCGACUUCGGCCGGCCGCGCGCGAUGUCGGCACCUCCAACCCAAGGCUUCAUCGCCUCCAUCUCACGACAUCAUCGCCUCCACCACAUGAUGUCAUCGCCACCACCCCAUGAUGUCAUCGCCACCACCACAUGAUGUCAUCGCCUCGCCCACAAGACGUCAUCACCUCCAAAUCUUUUUAGUUUAGGUAGGAAUUUAUAAUUCCAACAUUGGAUUAGGAAUGCCGGAUCUUCCUUAUAUGGGGAUAAAAAACAUUUCCUUUCCAAUGCAGUGGUCAUGGUAACCGUGAGUUCACACUGCCUCUGGAAUUAACAUGGGUUUCCGUGGAAACUGGAAUAAACGGGUAACCAUGGAAAACAACCCCAGAGAGGGACUUUGACCAUCAUGGUGCUGGUGUGAGUUGUUUGUGUUUACCCUGUGUAACCACGGAAACCAGCCUCUUUUAAACAGGAUGUGAUGUCAUCCGCUUUUCCUGUCUAUGUUGAUGACGUAGAAUGUGUAGAUACACGAGGUAGGUUAACGGUGUACGAGGUGCUCUGGUUCCCCUGGUGGUUGUGUAAUGUCCCCUCUAGACCCCCAGCCAGGUCCCGCCAUGCAGGGCACAGCCCAUCCCUGGACUGAUGGAUGGCUACAACAUAAUGUGUUGACACAAUGAAUAUUUUAUCUUGAACUGAUUAAAAGUUGAUUUAAACUCUUAA